AUGAAGCCCUCUGUCUUCUCCUUGCUCGUCUCGGCUCUGGCCGGCACUGUCGCGGCAAAGCCUGUCGAGGCGGCAGCAAUAGCCGGGGCCGAUCUCGAACCGGCCUCUCCAAUGACUCAACAUGCUCCCAAGGCUGUGCUAACGGUCCUUGUCACCGGCUUCGGCAACUUCGCCCAGCUCAAGAACCCGUCGUGGGAAAUUGCCAAAGGCCUCCCGUCGUGCCUCCCUGCCCUGGGGGCCGACAAGGGGAAAACUAUUGAAAUCCCUCCGGUGCGCAUCCUCGUCCCUCAGGAGGCCAUCCCGGUUAGCUACAAGGCGGUAAGGGAAAUUGUGCCGUCCUUCUGGGAGACGUACCAGGGCCAUAAGGUUGACCUGGCGAUCCACAUUGGCAUGACCGCCGGGUCCGUGUAUAAGAUAGAGCGAAGAGGACACCGCAAUGGCUACAAGAUUGGGGACAUCGACGAGGAGAUUCCCGAGGACGAGGAGAAAGGUAAGAAGGGAGAAAACUGGAUUUGGCAAGGCCUACCCGACGAGAUCCAGACGGAACUGGACCUAGACGACGUUUUGAAGCGGUGGCAGGGAUUCGGCGCUAAGAACGCAAGCCUGCAAGUCUCUGAGGAUGCCGGCAGAUUCCUAUGCGAUUUCAUCUACUACUCGAGCCUGUCGACGCUAUGGAAGCGGCAGCGGCCGCGAAAGGUCGUGUUCCUGCAUGUCCCUACCGACUCGUCUAGUCAAGCCGUCCGCCAGGGACAAGAGCUUACGCUCAGCCUGAUUCGGUCGAUGGUCGAAAGCGAGACCCAGCGAGCCGGAAACGCGGCGUGUACAUGA